AUGGCUCACCUGUGCCUGGCCGACUGUCGUUUCACUGGCCGUGGAGUCGACCAAGACUACCCCAAAGCCAUCGAGCUGUACCAGGAAUGUGCCAACCGCGGGAUCGCACAGGCCAGCCUGCAUCUCGCCCAAUGUUACGAGAACGGCGAGAGCGUCAAGCAAGACCUCACCACUGCCGUUAUCUCAGCAUGGCGGGCGGCAGCUAUGUUUCGUCAACUGGCCAACGAAGGACACGCCGAAAGUCAGUUUUGGUAUGGGUGCUGCUACUACUAUCGCCGAGGGGAAUCAAAGGAUAAUGUCGAGGCCUUCCGUUGGCUCAGCAAGGCAGCCGAGCAAGGCAACUCGUACGCACAGCUGAUGGUUGGCAAGUUCUACUACGCCGGGCGCGGGACUGCCAAGGACUUUGGCAAGGCUGUCGAGUGGUUCCGCAAAUCGGCCGAGCAGGGUAAUCGAGAGGGACGGAACGAGCUUGGCGGCUGUUAUAAAAGGGGCAACGGGGUAACGAAGGACAUUCAAAAAGCCAACUUCUGGUAUGGCAAGUCGAUGGAAUUAGAGUGACUGGAGGCCGGAAAUGAGCUGAAGCGCCUCGGCAACUUUCUUUGAUGACCGCCGCCAAGGAAUAUCCGUUUCCAAUCUGCCCCUAUUCCAUCGACUGGAUAUAUUCAAAUACAUAUGCAGUGCAGCGAGUGCUGAGUGCGAU